AACUUCUAGAAUAUCGCCAGACUUUUAGAAGUAUAAUGUACUUCAAUUAGAAUUGUGUUUUUCCCAAAAGAUUUUAGUAAAAGUGAGUGAUUUUUGAAGAGGUAUACUGAAAGAGAGCUGUUCUCCACUCAGUUGAAAGAGUAAACCCUGGGCGUGUGCGCAGAGGGAACACCAGCCGGGACAUAUAUGAUGCCUCAGCCUAAUGACGCAACAGGUUUACUCAAUCGGCCCUGAAAUGGUGAGGGACAGGAUAAUACAUGCAGGCUUUCCUAUGACCAAAAGCGGGCUGCGGACUCUGUCACUCACAGCUGUAACGUGACAUGCUCACGGACUUCUUCUUCUUCUUUUUUCUUUCUUCUCCUUACUUUUCCCCUUUUCUCCGGCACGAGGAAAUUCGCUUCCCGGGACGCACGCGACCUUUACUGAUGGCGCACGUUCGCCUGCUGCUCGUGUGGUUCGUGUUCGGCGCGGUGGCGCGGACUUCAAAGGCGGCUUCCGAACCCGGGGUCUCCACGGACGCGUUCAAGGACAGCGGGAAAGUUUUUACUACAUCAGGAAAAGAAUGCAAAUUUCCAUUUAGACAUGGAGGAAGGAUCCAUCACCACUGCAUCUCCACUUCCAAACCCUGGUGCUCUCUCACGCACAACUAUGACCGGGACCGGCUGUGGGGCUUCUGUGCCCCCGAGGAGAACCGACCAGAGGUUUUUCUUCACUCGCCACGGCGGAUCGGGGAUCCGUGCCGGCCGAACCCGUGUCAGAACGGAGGCGUCUGUGGGCUGGUCCCUCGCACGCUCUCAUUCGAGUGCUUCUGUCCGGAGAGCUUCACUGGAAGACUGUGCGAACAGAGGAAAUGCUAUGAAACCACACACUUGCGCUUUUAUGACAUCGGAGAGUCUUGGGGACGAAUUCACCUGCGGAAUGUGGAGCAGUGCUCGUGCGUGGAGGGCGAAAUCCAGUGUCAAAGGGUUUACUACACAACGUGCCACUCAAACCCUUGUCAGAACGACGGAACGUGUCGUCUGAUCACAUCCACCAGAAAGGAGGUGUGUCACUGCCGGAGCAGCUACGCCGGUCCUCACUGUGACCUUCAGCCGAACACAGAGUGCUACAAGAGCAGGGGCACAGCUUACAGAGGAGUGGUGGACACCACGGUGUCCGGCGCCCGCUGUCUGCCGUGGAACUCAGAUCUGCUCUAUGACGAGCUCCACGUGGGCGCAGUGGUUGCGCCAGACCUCAGGGGCCUGGGAGAGCACGCCUUCUGCAGAAACCCAGAUGGGGACCAGAAGCCGUGGUGCUACACAGUAAAUGACAGCGCCAUCUCCUGGGAGUACUGUGACGUCCCCACUUGUGCGAAGCCUUUGUCUUUUUCACUAAGGACAUUCCCGUUCAGGGUGUCUACAACGGUAAAAAAGCCCAUCUCCACCACGAAAGCCAAAAGUCCCACAUGUGGGAUGAAGCACAAGAAGAGGCUAACGCCACCUAGGGGCCGAAUACUGGGCGGAUCGUCCGCUUUGCCAGGUAGCCAUCCGUGGAUGGCAGCCAUUUAUAUCGGAAAGUCAGACUUCUGCGGCGGCAGUCUGAUCUCUUCCUGCUGGAUCGUCUCUGCAGCUCACUGCUUCAAUAGCAACCCCCUGUACCACCAGGUGCGUGUGGUGCUGGGCCAGCACUACUUCAACAACACCAGAUUCCCCAGUAACUACUCGCGGACCUUCGAGGUGGAGAAGAUCAUCUAUCCAAAACACUUCUCCGUCUUUAAUCCAACACUACACGACAUCGUUCUGAUAAAGCUGAAGAAGCAGGACGGGCGGUGCGUGAGGAAAAGCCCUUUCAUCAGGCCAAUUUGCCUCCCAGAAAAAAACAUGCCGUUCCCCGAUGGGUACUGUUGUACCAUCAGCGGCUGGGGAUACACGCAGGAGAAAGCACGAGAAUAUUCCCCACUGCAGGAAGCAAAAGUUCGACUAAUUCCUCAUGAAACCUGUAGGAAACCUGAAGUAUACGGAAACCAUGUGACGAGUGACAUGAUCUGUGCGGGCCUGGACUGCGUGGACGCAUGCCAGGGUGACUCAGGAGGCCCUCUGGCCUGUGCGAAGGGUGACGUCAGUUUCCUAUAUGGGAUCAUCAGCUGGGGAGAAGGCUGCGGUCGCGUUGGGAAACCCGGAGUUUACACAAAGGUUGUGAAUUACAUCGACUGGAUCCAGUCGGUGAUCAAACGCAAAGCCAAGGCUUCAUGAAAGCACCACACAUGGACAUCAUAGUAUUUCUCUUUAUUGUACACUAAUAUAUGAAUUUAAACUGUUUUUUUUAUUAAAUGUCUCUGACUGUGAACAAGGUUUGAAUAAACUUUUUAUGACUUGACUAAACUUUGUUUGUCAUUAAGAGGAAAUGUUUACAACAGUAAGAGCUGAAAGUGGGUUAUUUACCAGCUGUCUUGAUGUUCUUUCCUGGAAUACUCAACUAAAAGGAUGUAUUUCUAAUAGAGUUUGCAUCAUUUAUAACACUUAAGAACUUUUUUUCUCAGCAUUACUGUUUGUUUGACGAUAAAUCCUGAUGUGACAUGUGAAAGUGACCUUAAUGCAAAGUAUUUUGUGUUUAGUUUUGUACAGAUUCUGUGCUUUUCUUUCAGUUUUUGAGACUCUUUUUUCUAUAUUGUUUCAUGUUAUUGUACACAACCGAGCCAAAUAGUAAAAUGGACCUUUGUUAGUUUAUCCAUUUGCUGUUUUAUUGGUCUGAUAUUUUAGUGGCAACAUUUAACGCAGGGGUCCCCAAACUUUGAGGACCACAUAGCUGUCUUCUUCUCUGAUGUGGGGUCGGUGUCGCUUUGUAAGAGAACAGAAAAAAACUUCUGGAUCUUUCGGCUCCCAAGAGGUUAUUUAGGUUGUUUUAUUUAACUUAUCAUUAACUUUAUAAACUGUAGAAUGGUGGAAUAAAUUGUCAUGUUCUAUGUG